UCUUCUCACCUGCGCGAACACUUCUGGAAGUAGGCAAGCAGGCCUCUACCUGCCCUUGGGCUCCCCAGCCUGCCUCUUUAUGCUAAGCCUCAGCCCUCUGUGUGGGCAGCUGAGUGACAAGCUGCUGCACCCUCCUGAAGAAAACAGGCAGAAGGAACAGCACCUCUCCGCCGCAUCGCUUCAGGAAUUCAAAAUGGCUCUCCGUUGGGGGAUCUGCUCCGCUGGGAAGAUCAGCCACGAUUUCAUCGUGGCCUUGAAGACUUUGCCGGCAGUGGAUCACAAGGUUGGAUAACAGGCCUGGAACAAAUGGUGUGGGUGGGGGCAUGGGGACACAGGGCAGCCAAAACCAGGGUCUAUCACACUUUGCUGAUAGAAUUACCAGCUUUCUUCUGGGAGAGCUUCUGUGCCGUUAAGAGCUCCCUGUCGCUAGAAACGUAGCUGGCAAAGCUUUCCUUACCCAUGCUAGAAAAGUGAGGAGCCUUAGCUUUGCGGUGGAGCAUGUGGUUUUUGCGGGGACGCAGGUGGCACUGUGGGUUAAACCACAAAGCCUAGGACUUGCCAAUCGGCGGUUUGAAUCCCUGCGACGGGGUGAGCUCCUGUUGCUCAGUGCCUGCUCCUGCCAACCUAGCAGUUCGAAAGCACGUCAAAGUGCAAGUAGAUAUAUAGGUACCGCUCCAGCGGGAAGGUAAAUGGCGUUUCUGUGCGCUGCUCUGGUUCACCAGAAGCGGCUUAGUCCUGCUGGCCACAUGACCUGGAAGCUGUACGCCGGCUCCCUCGGCCAAUAAAGCGAGAUGAGUGCCACAACCCCAGAGUUGGCCAUGACUGGACCUAAUGGUCAGGGGUCCCUUUACCUUUACCCUUUACAUGGUUUUAGCAGGCAGAAAUUCUAUCUCUGCUAUUGCCAGUUAUUUUUUUUAAAAAAAGAUUCUCAUGUAGUGAUUCUGGAGAAAGAAUUACUUUCUGGAGAAAGACCUGGAAGAACAGCUGCCAGUCAGAGUAGAGAACAGUGGGGUAGAGGGACAGAUUGCCCCGUUUUCUUUGAGGGGAAGCUCGGUUAUAAGCUCAGCUGUGGGGCUCAUGCUUUGCAUACAAAAGUUCCCAAGCUCCAUCCGGCUAGGGCUGGAAUAGGAUUCCUGCCUGGAACCCUGGAAAGCUGCAGACAGUCAGUGCCGACAAUACUGAACAAGUGAUGUGGACUAGCGGUUUAACAUGACGUAGGGCUGUUUCUUGUGCCUCAAAAGCUCCUGCCUUCUCUGUUUCUGCUUCACAGGUGGAUGUUAAAAGACACAGGUGGCCUGCCAGAAAUUAAGUGUUGACAAUGAGAGCGAAUGUGGCAUAGUGGCUACAGCAGUGUUUCUCAGACUUGGGUUUCCCGCUGCUGUUGGACUACAACUCCCACCCUCCCUGACUACUGGCCCUGCCAGCUAGGGAUAAUGGGAGUUGUAGUCCAACAACAGCUGAGGACCCAAGUUCGAGAAAAAACUGGGGUUAGAGUGUUGAAUGGCUCAGCCAUAAAGCUUACUGGGUGUCCUUGGGCCUUUCACGGUCUCUCAGACUAAUCUCUACCUCGCAAGGUUGCUGUGAGGAUAAAAUGGGGAGGGGAUUGCCAUGCAUGUCGCCUUGAGCUCCUUGGAGGAAAGCUGGGAUAUAAGUGUAACUUAAAAACAAGAAGUGCCGGAGUGGAACCCCGAACAGCAGUUGUAUCCCAUUUCAUGAUGGGCUGCUGUUCUCCUGAUCUGCCAUUCCAGGAACCAUCACUUUCUUUGACUGCUGGUGCUCCAGUCUUGGCCACUUUGCUUCCUUAUAACACUUUCUACGUGAACCUGUAUGCAUGAUCUGUGUGAUCUAUCAGGGAGAUGCUUUAUACCAAGUUAAACCACUUGGUCCAUCUAGCUCAGGAUUGUCAGAACGGACAUGGUUUGGUCUACCAACCUGGCGCCCUCCAAAACAUCUGGAGGGCACCAGGCUGGCAAAGGUUGGGCUAGCCUGUCUCCACUGCCUAGAAGCAGCUCUCCAGAGUAGAAAGGGUUACACGGGAAAGAGUAGCUGGCGUCUUGAAAAGCAGAAGUUCACGCUGCAACAUUUUGCUGCAGUUCUGGGUAGCAGUAGUCUGUUCUUUUAACCAACUGACGAAAACAACAACAACAAGCAGAGCAUGACUGCCACUCCUUCAAGAGAAAAGAUGUCUUCAUGAGAAAAGUGCAUUUUGGGCAGCCACCCAAGGCUACACCCCCAGUUUCAGCUAACAUCAGCUAAAAGCUCCCAACUCUCUGUCUCUUGCCUUUGAAAAACUGCCAGCUGUUAUUUCUGCUACCUCUCUUCUUCCUUCUCUCAGCUCAAGGGUGUCAUCUUCUUCAAGCUCUGAUGAGUAUCUCAUUCAAACAGACAAAACAAAACACAGAAAGAUUCCAAACGAUCUCCUCCGGAUGAUCUGAUUACUAAGCAUUCAUCCUAAUUUGCUUGCACAAAGCUUCCACAUAGCUUAGAUGGUGCCAGUUUCUUAUUAAGCAUUCGUUCUUAUUUGUUUGUGGGGUUGUUAUGUGAUAAUGAGCAUUCAUCCUGAUCUGAUUGUGCAGCAUUUAUACAUCGCAUUGUUAAACAUUUGUGCACGCCACACUUCUCACUUGCUGACAAAGCCCAUCCGCCUGCCCCUGAUCCUGGCAUUUCCCUGAAGCUUAGAGACACAAGUUUUAGUUUUGCAAAGCUGCUCCCUCUCUUCACCACACACCUGGGUUUGAUAUGUGCAGCCUUAUACAGAUCCCACUUCACCUCAGGUAAGCAUGAAAUCCCUCCUAGGAGCCACACCUCGAGAUUCGGGAUUUGUCAGAACUUGAUGCGCAUUGCAGCCAAAUGCUGCAAAAAGAUCUAACCCGGAAGAGCAGCUGUUCCCUGCUUCUGUACUCAUAAUCACCAAAGGGCACUAUCAUCACUCACAUGGGUUGAGGGUGAGGGUGAAAGGCACCAUUCUUUAUAUUGACUUUUGAAAAGGGCCAUAGCUCAGUAGGCAGAGGACCUGCCUUCCAUGCAGAAGGCCCCAAGUUCAAUUCCUGACAUCUCCAAGUAGGGAUGGGGGAAGAGGUCCCUGACUCAGUGGCGAAGGAAGGCUCUUCAGUACCUGGUGCGGGGUGUUGAGGAGCAGGGCAAACCACCCACAGGGGUGGGGCAAACCGCCCGGUGGCGCAUGCGCACUACUGAUACAGAUGGCGCACGUGUGACACCAAUAUCAACGGCACUCGAGUAGUGCACAUAAUGACAGCAUGCACGCGCCUUCAGCCGCCCUACAGUGAGUGUAGCCCUUGGCUGGCUGCCAUUUUGACACCCGCCCUUGGGUGACACCCGGGGCGGCCCCCGGCCCCCUCCUUCCUACGCCCCUGCCCUGACUGAAACCCUGGAGUCGCUGCCUGUCAGUGCAGAUGAUAUUAAAGCUAGAUGGACCAAUGCUCUGACUCACUAUAAAGCAGACUCCUAUCAUUCUUGUGAUGGUACCAACAGUGAUCAGUUUGUAACUUACUUUGGCAUUCAGUUACAAACUAGUGUGAUGUGAGGCUCUGUAGUUCACAAGCUCUUGUCUCAUAGGAUGGCUCUUCCCUCCCCAGGUGGCCGCCAUCGCUUCUCGAGACCUCAAGCGCUCUGAGGAAUAUGCCAAGCAGCAUAAUAUUCCUAAGGCCUAUGGAUCGUACGAGGAAUUGGCGGAGGACCCUGACAUAGGUGAGGCGGAUGGAGCUUGGGAAAUCAGCCCAAGUGGUCAUGAGUGGGGAAAGGGGAACGAGGUGUGAUCUUCUAAGGCAGCCUCCCCCAGCUUGUUGCCCUCCAGUUGUUCUGGAUUAUGCCUCCCAUCAGGCCCAACCAGCACCCAGGCCCAGAGUCAGGGAUGAUGGGAGUUGGACUCAUCUUGAGGGUACCAAGCUAGGGAAGGCUGUUCUAAUGGAAUCUGGAUAUCAAACUGGAAACAGCUUUCAGACAGGAAGACAUCAGACGCCACCCUCUCUCUGUCCCUUGUACACAUCUCUCAAUGCCUGUGCAAAAGAACAAUAGGAAGCUGUCUCAUAGCAGGUCAGACUGCUGAGCUUGCUGAACAACGGCAUUAUGUGUAUCUUAUGUGUAUUUUAAUGCACUGAAUACAGUGAAAGAUUAUGAGGCAUAGGGGAGUGGAGAGCGUGUGUGUGAAUUUAACAGCGCUUAGCUUAUAUUUUUUAGUUGCUAUUUGUUGGAGUUGUUAAUAUUGUUUUAUAGAUUAUAAAUGUCGAUUUGUUAAUCACAUAACAUUACUUUUGUUGCAAUUGUGAUGUUUCGCUUAUUUUCUGUUAAUAGUGUUUUACAGGUUGCAAUCAUUUUGUUGCAGAUUUGUUAAUUAUUUUAUAUGAUUUAUAUGAAGAAGCUGCAUGGAAGGACUGUGCUAUGAGGAAAGACAGUCCUUUUCUUGCAGACCCCUGUAUUAAGCAUACUCCAGCCUUCUCAGGAUCUGGAACCCAGCCAGAAUAAGGAGCAAAACUCAGAUUCUUGGUUUCCCUCCUGGUUUCGUAGUGGUGGGGUUCAAGUUACCAUGGAAAGUCCCACUUUCUAACGUAGAAGCUUUGCCCACUAAUUCUGGAUCUUUGAGGGGUUGGCCGCGAUAGUUAGUGGUGAGGGAAUGCUCUCUACAUUUGCUCAGAAACACCUUUAUCAUUUCACUAGUUUCAGGCCACAGAAAACAGACUGAGGUUGAGCCUACAGGUUUUGUGGCUAAAAUUUUGCUUUGCUCCCUGUUUUCUGCUCCCCAUCUGCCGGGAUCUCUCUUUCAGACGUGGUCUAUGUGGGGUCGGUCCAUACUCAGCAUCAUGCACUCGUCCUCCUCUUCCUCCGUGCGAAGAAGAACGUCCUGUGUGAAAAACCCAUGGGCAUGAAUGCAGCAGAAGUCUGGGACAUGGUACAAGUGGCUAAAGAGAACAAUGUGUUCCUCAUGGAGGUAGGAAAUAUUGGGGCAACGUGGGAAGCAGUCAGUGUGAUACAGUAGAAAAAGAGUAGAGACUGCAAGAUAUGGGUUCAAGUCCUAUUUCUGCCUGUUUAUUGAGCAUUCAUGCUGAUUUGCUUGCACAAAGCUUACACAGAGGUUAGGCUACGCCUGGUCUUCAUUGAACAUUCAUUUUGAUUUGUUUGCACUGAGGCAAUGAGCACUCAUCUGAUUAGUUUGCACAGUGGUUCUACAUCUUUCUGUUAAUCAGUUGUUUAUCCCACAGUUUUUACUACAUUUCUGCAUCACUUUCCUAACUGCAAGAAGUCCUUUUAAAAAAAAUUAAAAAGUGGAUUUGUUGUACAAGAGCAACAGAAUAUUUUAAUCCACUUUCAUUGUGCAAAACCUAAAUUUCUGGUAAACAGUUGAAUCCGUCCAGCAAAUUACUGACAUUCUAGAGGAGGCCUUUCUAGCUAAUUACGGUUUACUGUGAAUGAGCACUAUGCUAUUGCACACUCCUCCCCUGUUGCAACCAGGAAGCCUUAGUUUCCUGCUACAUCUCAGCCAAGGAUCACGGUUUGUUUGAUGAUUGCUAGCCAGUCUUAAAGCUGUGGUUGUUGCUGGCGUUUGCCGAUACUGGCUUAUUAGAAAGCAACAAACCACAAUCUCUGGUAAUGGGAAGACUGAUAAAUUGGUAACAGGUUCAAGGGUCUUGUGUUAAUUCACAUGGCCCUAUACAACAUGGGCCCAAAUUACCUUACAGAGACAGCUCCUGGCUGACAUAUAAUGGGAGGGAUUUCUAAAGGGUAGGUGUCACUAUGCUAAACGUUCGAUUCUUGCAUUGUACGGAAUGGACCUCCCAAUGAGAUGAUAUUUACAGAAGGCCCUCUCCUGCAGAGCAUGGUGAUCAGCUGGAUAUAUAAGGGAUGAGAUUCUCUUUUAGAUAUCUAACUACCAAAGGAAUUGCGGUUAACUGCUAGCAAGAGAACACAAUUAAGCUGCUCUGAACAAUGCAGGAACCAGAGUUGUCCCCACUGACCAUCUUCUGGCAACACUCCCAUAUAGAUACUGUGCAGCAGGUAGAAAUUCAGCAGGUGCAGCUCUCCCUUAUGAUUGCAGACAUAGUGAGGAGGAAUGUUUCGUCUGAAUGUCAGCAUUGUGCAGCUGUGACAGGCACAGAUGGGAAACUGGCAAUCUAAUAAAUGUGGCAAGCUUAAAGUUUUGCAAAUCGCAAGCUGACAUUGCAACCUUUACCAUGUGAACUCUGGGGCACUGGCAAGGUCCUGGCAAGACUGUUAUCAGUCUGAUUUCCAGUCACAUGCUGCUAAUCCUGCACAUUUGCUUUUGUAGAUCUUGACUCCAAUAAACUCGUAUAUAUUACUGCACUCCCUGCUUGUUCUCUCCCCUGCCUCCUGCACUCCCUCCCUCCUUGUUCUUCCAGUUCAACUCCCGCCUUAGGCAAAGAGGUGAGCAAGUGUAGCGGAAUUCCAGCUUUCUGUUUCAAUUUAUAACACAGCCUGAAGUUUCUAGCCCUUAUGAUUGCCAGGAUAGAAUUGAAAUCGGUAUGAGGAUUCUCCAACUUGGAUAAAUAAUGCAAAGUGACUUGAUUUGCACAUUCUACAUUGGAAGCUGCCUUAUACCAAAUCAGGCCAAAGAUUCCAUCUAGCUCAGUAUUGUCUGCACUAACAGUAGCUGUCCAGGGUUUCAGACAAAGUUCUCCCCCAGCCCUACCUGGAGCUGCCAGGGAUUGAAUCUGACCGACCUUCUGCACUCAAGGCAGACACUCUGCCACUGAGCAAUGGCUCUUUCCCAAAUCCUGUUCUUUAGUACAUUCACAUGUUUGAAUCACUCUUUUCCCCCCAUACACCCCACUUGUUUUUUCAGUUUUAUCUCCUGCCAGUUACUACACUAUACUGGCUCUCCCUAGCCAGUCUAGUGCUUUAUUUGCUGGAUUUAUAAACCAAUGGGCUCGUUGUUGUUUUUCUUACCUAAAAUUGCAGUGCACCUAACACAUUAAACCAUGGGUAGGCAAACUAAGGCCCGGGGGCCGGAUCCGGCCCAAUCACCUUCUAAAUCCGGCCCACGGACGGUCCGGGAAACAGCGUGUUUUUACAUGAGUAGAAUCUGUACUUUUAUUUAAAAUGCAUCUCUGGGUUAUUUGUGGGGCCUGCCUGAUGUUUUUACAUGAGUAGAAUGCAUGCUUUUAUUUAAAAUGCAUUUCUGGGUUAUUUGUGGGGCAUAGGAAUUCUUUCAUUUAUUUGUUUUUUUCAAAAUAUAGUCCGGCCCCCACGAGGUCUGAGGGACAGUGAACCGGCCCCCUGCUGAAAAAGUUUGCUGACCCUUGCAUUAAACACUAGUCACUGUGGAGGGGCAAACAAAAAAUAAUAAUUCAGAAGAUUCACCAGCUUCUCAGCCUUCUCUUUUACAGUUUGCACCAGGCAUUGCCCACACACUUUUAAAUAUCUUAAGGACUAGAAACUUGGUUUGCUGAGACACUUCUUAGUAUGACACACAGGCUGAAGUUCCUGAGAUUCUGAAACUCUGCGUCGAAUGCCAAAUUGUUCUUCAUACCCACUCCCUCUUUCUUUUCCCGAAUGGAAAUGCAGGGUAUAACUUAGCCUCCAUCUCUUCCAGGGCUUCUGGACAAGAUUCUUCCCUGUAUCCGAGCAGAUCCGCACUCUGCUAAGUAAGAAGGAUCUUGGGGACUUGAGGGUGCUUCGAGCUCAACUAGGCUUUCGGAUGGAUGACAUCCCAAGGCUGGUGGAUAAGAAACUGGGUGGAGGCGUCAUUCUGGACUUGGGCUGCUACCUCAUUCAGUUUGCAUCGAUGAUUUUUGGGCCUGAGAAGCCACAAAGCAUUACAGCCUCAGGGUUCCUACUUGAGUCAGGUGAGGCUGCUACAGUGGGGUGAAGAGAGUGGAAUUUGUGGGAGCCCUAGGGCUAUAAUUAAUGUUUGGGAGAUAUGGAUUAGUGAUGCAUCACAUCCUUUUCUGUGCUUCCCAGGAGCGGAUGAAACCGUUGGCAUCGUCCUCAACUACUCAGGGAACCGGCAGGCUGUGCUUAAUUGCACCAUGAUGAUCGAUCUACCAGGAGAGGCAUUAAUUGGGGGAACCGAUGGGAUCAUCAAGGUACUUGGCUAACUGGUGUGGGCAGAUGCCUGACUUGUGAGAUGGGCUUUGUUUACUUUACCAGAAGCACAAGGUCCACUGACAGGUACAAAAUGGAGGCUUGGGUGUACAAAAUGGUGGCUCAGCGAGACGGAGCCAGUGGCCUCCUGUACUCUGUGAUCCAUAACCUGGGAUAGAUAUGCUAUAAAAUCUGCACCUGAGUUACUUUGAGAUGAAGAAUUUUAAAUACCAAACUUCAGGGAGAACAGGACGGACACAAUUUUUGUUGUUACUAUAGAUAAGCUAGUAGAAGUCGGAAACCCAUGUGAAUUUACUGCAAAUCAUAUAGUAUUAUUUCAUCUCCAUUCUGCCCAUCCAUAGCAUGGAAUAUUGUGGAUUCAUAAAUGGCAAGUGUAUUAUACAUGAUGAAGAUGAGGAAGAUGCGCACUUACUUUUAAAAAUUAGGAUUACUUACUUCUGUAUCAAAUUUUCUUCCCAAAACAUCCAAGGCGGCAUAUAUAGGUCUGCCCCUCACUACUUUUAAAGUCACAACAACCCUGUGAAGUAGAACGAUGACGCCCAAAGUCAUUCAGGGAGUUUUGUGGCUGAAUAGGGAUCUACACCCCACUGGUCAUGUUGGAGGGAAAUGAAGUUCAAAUGGCAAGGACAAUGAAGCAGAGAGAUUUUAGGCUUGGGUAGUGAGAGUUGCUGUGGAAUUCAAGCUGCCACCCAAAUGGUUCUCUGAUUCAUAAGUUACCUUUGCAUGCCAUGAACUCCCUAGGUGACCUUAGCAAGUUACUAGCCCUCAGUGUGAGCUGCCUCACCCGACUACGUGUAUAAUACUCAGAAGUUAGAACUCCUCAAGCAGCUGGAACACCCCACAGACGAGGGCAGGCCCUUACCAACCAAAGGGCAGCAAUACCAAUGGUGUUUCUGGCAAUUCUGCCUCCGAGCAGCAGCGGCUUCUCUUCCCCAUUCACCUCACAGAACGGCAAUGAACCCUGAUUUCUGAUCCACACACAUGGAACGAAAAAGCCAACAGGGGCAAUUUCCACUCCUUUCUCCAUUUCUGUUGGAAUUCUCUGACACCCUUAGCUGAGACUGAUCAGGGAGAUGGGAGUCUAGCAGUCACCAGCACAAUCUAGAUCACAGAAUAUCACCGCUUUGAUUCUCAGAGUAGACAAAUCCCAGAGUUUCUCUGCUUCCCAUCAGAAAAUGCAUGCUGCUUCUCUUUCUCUAGAUCCCCAACCACAUGAACAGCCCCACAGUCAUGUUUCUCAAAGGAAAGCGCUGGGAAUGGCCCCUGCCAACUUCGCCUGAACCGCUGUUCUUCGAGCACGACAUUGGGCUGCGAUACGAAGCUGAACAUGUCCGGCUGUGCCUACUGAAGGGUAAGGCUCCUGUGGAGGUGGUGUUUUUGAGGAGCGUGAAUAGCUCAUCCAGCACCCAGCGAGGGCAGCCACAGGUCUCUGAGGGCUCGCCCUACCAUUAGGUCAGGUGUGGGGAACCUUUGGCCCUCCAGAAUGUUGCUGAACUACGCCUUCCAUCUUCCCUGACCAUUGGGCUCUGCUUGCUGGGAGUCGCAGUUCAGCAAAAUCUGGGUGGCAAAAGAUUCCCCCUAGCAGCGUUAGAGGUAAAGCGAGCCAUCAAAAUUUUAAAUUACACGAAAGGACAGCGAGUCAUUAGUUAUUUAAUGUUUUAUUGCUGUUGGAAAUGUACUGUAAUACCGCGGGGGGGGGCACUUGCAGGAUAAAUUUAUAUAUCUAUAUCUACAUCUAUUUGCCUCAGGUGUCAAAGUAACUUCAACAUAGCGUGGACGCUAUAUGCCCUUGCCCUGCACUUUAUGGGGUGGGAUUGGCUGAGGCAACGUUUUGCUGCUUGGCUCAAACAAGAAAAUCUAUUGGGCCACCUCAGCUUCCAAGCAUCUCACAAGCAGCGCAUGAAAGGAAAGACCUCUCCCCUACUAUAUUACGCACCAGCAACUGUUACCCAGAGGCAUAUCGGCCCUGAAUCUGGAGGCUUCAUAUAGACAUCACAGCAAAUCCCCCUUCUGUCCACUAACACUGCUCUCCUAAAAACUCUGCCAUAAAUGUGAUCCUGUAUAACUUGAGAGUAGUUUAGAUUUGUGCUAAAACUAUUAGCUUAGAUAAAUGAAUGGCCCAUUUCCUACAUCGUUAUUACAGGCCCAGGAAAAUGUGCAUAGGAUUGCAGUCUAAAUCUACUUUGAAACUCAAUAGACCUCAGAAAUGUACCUAUUAAUCCAGGUUCUAUUAACCUGUCUUUUAUGCAGGUUUGAAGGAAAGUCCUAUCAUGCCUUUACACGAGAGUGAAAUCAUAGCAACCAUCUCUGAUGAAGCACGAAGGCAAGUGGGUGUGAUCUACGAACAAGAUCGGGUCCAAUGUAUCAACCAAUCUGAGAGCAGAAAAUAAAAUUUGCACUUUGUCAGAAAACAUUCUAUUACCUGAAGAAUGGCUGCAUUUAUGAAUGCUGUUGAAUACUGUCUGGGUGAGGGCAUGGAAACUUGUCUACCUAGAAAACAAAUUAUCUGAAAAUGUGGGCAGAAUAUAUUCUCCCUGCAUCUACUGUUGUUUCAAAACACCUAGUCGUUAAAGAGUUAAUGCAUACCUGUUAAUUCCUCAAAGGGAUGGCAUGGAACUCAGGGGAGAAAUGGUUAUCCCUUGCUUAUCUAGUUACUCCCAUUGGUUGUAUUCCACACGGCCAUAAUUAGCAUUUUGACCAAGAGGGUGAGGUAAGAAGUCAUUAUUUUGAUUUAAAAUAUUUAUCUCCUGCUCCUUAUUGCCAAUACUCACAACCCUAGUGGUGUUCUCUCUCUAAUGGUACCUAAACAGAACAUUUAUAUAAGAGGGGGGAAUUGAGAUCUUUGGUGCAGGCCUAAAAUGAGCAUGUCGACAGAAUCAAAGGUGAUGCUAGCAAAUUUGGUUAUUGGAGGGUCAGCAAUUGAGAGAG